AUGGGCCGUCGGUUUUUUAUUCAUGGGAACUGGGUUUCCUCGCAGAGCAUCUGCCGGGACCAAUUCGAACUGGAAAACCUGUACCAAAAGCACCAGAUCCGACUCAGGCAUUCCCGUUUCAUCGUCUACCUCCUCGCUCAAGCCUUCCUCAGUUCCGUCACGAUCGCGAUGGAGUGCAUCGCCCUCCCGGCCGAAGACCUGGCGGAAGUGGUGAUGACGCACGGGAUCGUACUGGCUGUCUGCCUCCUUCUCCUCUUCUACAUCUACAACGAGAAGCUCUUCCUCUCCUCGUCGCCUUCCCUCGGAAAUCAUUCGAAGCGCCUCGGAGAUCCGUCGGUAUCCUCGGACGAGAAGUCGCGGUCUUCCUGGGUCCCGAAAGCCAGCACCGCCUUCGUUUUCGUCCCCCUCUUCGCCAUGCAAAUCGUGAUGGCCACGGCACACGCGAAUGGUAGGGACUUCACGACUCACUGGGAUUGGAGUUUGUACAUGGUGCUGGUGUGCUACAUCUUUUUCCCUCUGAGGAUGCCCGUCAGUGCGGUUCUUGCCAUCGUCGUGUCUCUCGUCCCUGUUUUCACGUCGAUCUUCGAGAAGUCGUCUCGCGAGGUCGGCGACCGGACCCGGAGGGUGAUGGUGGACUUCUUCGUGAUGCUGGCAGGGAACGGCGUGGGCUUAUUUUUCUGCUUCAUGACCGAGAUCGCACUCCGAAAAUCCUUCCUGGACAAGAGAGAAUUCAUCGUCGCCAAGUGCAUGAGGGAAUACGAAGAAAAGACCGAAAAACACCUGCUCUCGAGCAUCAUCCCGGCGGCGAUGGUGGAGGAACUGAGGAAGAGCCUGCGAGAGGCCGUGGUCGCGAACAGACGAGACAAGGAAUACUCCAUCGUCCCCAUCCUCCCGAGUCUCUCCGCGAAGCCGUACGAGAAGUUCGACGAGGCCGUCAAGGAGUUCGACUGCCUUCGCAUCAAACUCCUCGGUGACUGCUACAAUUGCGUGUCGGGGGUCCCCGAAUGGACGGAGAAGCAUGCGGUCAACUGCGUGCUUUUGGGUCUCAAGAUGAUCGCCAUCAUCAGAGAAGUCCGGUGUGUUCACAUCAGUGAGGCAACUCACGCGGCGUUGGGGAAGAAGCACCGGUUCUACUUCGAGCCGGGGAGAAAAGACAGUUAUUUGGAAAAGAAGGGAAUCGUCACGUUCUUCAUCCCCCUGUCCCAAAAUAGGCAUCUCAUAUCGGUCGAUCCAUGCAUCUCGACGGAGGAAAUCAUUUCUGUCCAGAGGCCAACGAGCAGUCAACCUUUGCUGCCGAACUCACACGAGGCGAUGCGAAGCGUACCAGACGGAUUCCAUUGGCAACGGAGAUCAGAGAACGGAGCAGCUCUCGGAGGAACGAACCGCCGCGAGAACGACAUCCUGGUCGCGAAGCAAGGCGCAAGCACCAUCACGAUGCUCAUGGAAGAAGCCCAGACGAGGAUGGAGGAGGACCUGGACAAGAUGCCGCUCAGCAUCCACGCGCAGUGGCUCCAGUCCAAGGAGAUUCAACCCACGUUCAUAGCGUUCAGGGACUUGAAGCUGGAGUGGGAUUUCAUGAGACAGCCCGACAUGCUGAUCAAGUAUACCGUGUCGGCUGCCACCUGUCUCGUCGUCUUCCUCGGCAUCGUCGAGAUCCUCUCCCGACCCGAGACGGUGGGCAUCGUGGCGUGGGCGAUGGUCCUCUCGGUCAUGCUCGCCAUCACCUUCUGGGCUUGGAUCGGAUCCGUCUAUGCGAAGUGGAUGAGGUGGAAGGAUUCCCAGGAGCAGCAGGAGCCACUCGUGUGGAAAAAGGCGCCUCGACGUCUCAUCGUUUCGCCGUGGAUCCGAAUCCUGCUUUUUCUCGUCACCGGCUCGGGUGCCAUUCUGGUCGCUGCCGUCUCCCACAUCGUUCGAUGCACGGAGAUCGGCAAAUGUGCAUACACGAGGUCUCUGACUCAGGAGUUCGCGCUGGUGCUGUGCACGAUCUUCGUCUUCUACCACAUUCACUUCCUGCUGAAGCUGGGUGCCAUGGUGGUGGCGCUCGGCGUUUACGGGAUCGUCGGCCGGAUGCGUUUCCACGAUCGUCCGUCUGAAUGGAACGAAAAUUCCGUUUCCCAAGAGGAUUCAUCUCUUCUCCCCCAUCUUCACUAUCUCGUCUAUUCAAAGCCGUUCUCUCUCUUCUUUUUUCCAACUUCCUUUCUUCACGAUGAUUUGAUCCCGCAGAGUGAGUACUUGUUCAAAUUGGACUAUAAAUGGAAGAAAAGUCUUCCAAAGGAACAAGAAGAAGCGGAAUUGGCGCGGGAAGUAAACCGGUCUCUCAUAUUCAACAUACUGCCGACUCAUCUGGCCGAAAGAUACCUGCACCAGAAGCGCGAGAAAGAACUCUACCACGAGCGAUACCAGUCCGCCGCCGUGAUGUUCGCCACGAUCCUCAACUUCUGGCCGGAGGAAGACGGCGGAAGGAGGCGGUGGGAGUCGGGCGCGGAGAACGACCCGAAAGCGAGGAUCGAGGCGCUCGCGUUCCUCAACGGCAUCAUCAGCGACAUCGACCGGGUACUUUCAUCGCGUAUUCACCGUAAAUGA